AUGAGUUCACCACUUCAAGUUGCCCCUCAGCCGUACUGUGAUCUCGACACGAACCGGAUCAUGGCAACUAGACUUCCUAGCCCUCUGCACGAUGCCAAAAUCUCUCCAUGGAAUGAGCGUGCAUGGACAUUGCAGGAAGCCUCUCUUUCCCGACGUCUACUCUGUUUUACGGAUGAGUCGGUGUUCUGGGUCUGCCAAGAGGAAAAGUUCCACGAUGCAAUUGACUGUUCUGAUCAUGGUCAACAAGGUCGGUGUUCGAUCCCUGUACCUAAGGAUUCCCAGCAAUUUCCUUUCCCUCUCGACGAGUUUCCUGGGCCAUUUGACAUAUAUGCAUUCCGCUCAGUUCUGCUUGCAUACACCCGUAGACAGCUGACAAAGAGGUCUGAUGCCCUGCCUGCACUCUCCGGACUGUUAUCCAGAAUAAACAAACUAGCCGGCGUCGAUUUCUGUUUCGGGCUUCCGAAGCAAGACUUCAUUCGAAGCUUGUUGUGGAAGAAUGAAUCUAUUCAUCGCCGGAAAGAUUUUCCUUCAUGGACCUGGCUGGGAUGGGACGGUGGAAUAACGAUACCAAUGUGGCGGCGGGAUCACCCCGAUGAUUGCCGGCCAGACAUCUUCUUCGUUGACAUUGAUGGAUAUGAAGACAACACGCAUUCAGUGGUAGAAAGAGACAUCGCCCGAGUUAUUGAUUAUCCAGAUGAAAAAUCCGAGCAACCCUCUCUGCUGAUCUCUUCCAAAGUCGCAAGGCUUCAAGCCGUCAAAGUCGCACGUAAAGAUGAAACCUUUCAGCCUAGUAAUGGAGAUAAGGGUGAUGGACUAAGCACGGCGGACAAUGACUUGUGGUGCCUCGAAAUUCCUCACUCGCACGAUCUACCUUGUAUGCAUGCAGGAGUUGGUAAUGCGUAUAUCAACAUGGCGUGCUUCACCGUUGACCCCGAAACCUCUUCACAACUGGAACAACUCGGCUGUGAAAUGGAAUUUGUGCUCAUGGUCCACUGGCAAGAACACAUCAGAGAGCAUUCUACCUGGACCGCUGUUGAAAGCUCCCAUCUCUUUGCGAGGGAUGGAUCGGAGAUUGGGAAUCUUGUCCUUGCGCUUCUUAUUCUAAGAAAUCAAACAGGAAGAGCAAAAAGGGUCGCAUUGGUGCCAAUACCAUAUGAGAGUUGGACUGCCGCAUCACCACAGGAAAUGUUGGUUGAACUGGUAUAG